AUAAUUUGAGGUUAGGUUUUGUAUACAGAUAGAUCUACCAGAUAAUUCAACAAUAUGUAUGAAAUGCCAUUAAUAAUGUGGCUUAAAAACCAACAGAGUUUUUGUUUCUAUAUAAUCCUCUUACAAUUUAGAUUUUUGGUUUGAUAUUACUCGGACUUGGAUUGUACAUGAUUUUGGCCAAAAUCAGUCUAAUGAAUUUGAUUAAUGUUAUGGGAGGCGGAGAGGAUUAUGUGUACAAGAGGCCUAAAGUAAUACAGACUGCUUGUUAUUUCAUAACGGGUGCAGGAGCGUUAAUGCUGUUUUUGAGUUACUGCGUUUACUACGUCUACAGAAAAUGCAAGAAAUUUAAUUUGUUUGGAUUUCUUAUUGUCACCUCGCUGGCGUUACAAUUAGCUGCAGGAAUCUUGGUUUUGAUGAAUAUUAUAAAAGAGAGAUCACAUAACCGUGAAAAUGCUGAAGACUUUUUUAAAUCGGCUUCUGAAAAUUAUACAAGUGAAGAUAUUGGUGAAGCGUAUGAUGGGGUAAUGAAAGAAUUUGGGUGCUGUGGUGCAGCCAAUUAUCAAGACUUGGCUGUGGGUAACACACUUUUCUUCAGAAAGGCUGAACUAACAAUAAUAGCAGGAGAAAAAACUAUUGAUUCAUUAAAUAAAAGAGACGAUGCUCAAGAAACUGUUGACAAUUCUCAAAUACCAGAAGUGUGUUGUAAAUCAGGAUCAAACUGUACAGAGACUGGACACAAUGCAAAUAAUUCUAAUUUCGAGAAGGGCUGUAUUGAUGAGGUUUUGAAUGUUCUGCAUUUUCACGAACUAAUGCUUCUAAUUUUUGGAAUCAUUUUACCUUUGUUGCUAAUAAUUUUUUUGCUGUGGGCAAAAUUGCGAGGCAGACGCUUAUCCAGUUGUUGCAGUCGCUUGAAGAACUUGUGUGGUGGUUAUGAGUGCGAAUCCGAACCAGAAAUUGAUUUAAUUGAAAUCAAGCCCAUUGCUUCUUCGCUUUGCACAAAUACAACACAAUCCAUUCCAGCUCCUCAAGUCAAUAAUAGUUGUCCACCAGACUACACUUGUGCCAAUGUCAAUUUAGCUGCAGCAGAUUGUGCAGUUCGAGAGAAAGAAAAUCAGAUCAGAUGUGCUCGUUUGCAGAUGCUGCUAGAGCAGCAGCUGCAUGCACGUGAUCAGCUGUUGUGGGAUCAGGAACAGAUUAGGAGGACGCAGCUUAUGAAACAGGAUAAACAAUUCAGGUAA